GGUUCAUUUUGUAAAUUUAUUUUCAAACGGACACCAAUUUUACCGUUAGCAGCACUGCCGAAAAGCGAUUUCCAGCACUGUCAAAAGGAGGCGCAGUAGGGGGUGUAAAAAUAACGGGAGUAAAAUGAUUUUGCGCCCGUGGGAUCGGGUUAAGCCCCGAUCCAUGUCGGAUUUGGCGUGCUUCCUUCUGGUGGCCAUCUUCGUGCCCGUGACGUACAUCUUCCAGGUGACAAUUGUGAUGCCGGAGCUGUUUGCCAUUGGAGGGGUUUGGUACACGGCACUCUGGCUGGCCAGCCUGUUCCUCGUCUUCAACCUCACAUCGAACAUGCUGGCCUGCAUGCUGGUGGAUACCAGUAUCCGGAUGGAGCUGCUGAAGCCACCAGUGGAUCCGGGGCAAUUGGCGCGGUGGCACAUGUGCCACGACUGCCAGACACUGGUGCCGCCUCGCUCCUGGCACUGCGAGGUGUGCAACGUUUGCGUCCUGAAGCGUGAUCACCACUGCAGAUUCACCUGCUGCUGCAUCGGGCACCAUAACUACCGAUACUUCUUCUUCUAUCUGGUGUACAUGAUCAUCGGAUCCUUGGCGGCCGCCAUUAUGGAGAGCAUCUAUCUGUGGCACCUCCAUCCGGACAUCUACUGGCGGUGGUCGACGCUGUUUACCGUGCUCGGGCCCGUCGUCAGCCUUACGUUGUAUCCCAGCUGGGAGACCUUUUACAUAGUCAUAUACGAUCUCACCUUGCUGGGCUUCGCCAUAUCAUCGCUCCUCCUGGUCUUCCACUGGCAGAUAGUCAAGAGCGGUUCGGUGACGAGGGAGCGCGGCUCAAGGAAGUACGACCGAGGCUUGCGAGGCAAUCUGGAAAUGGUGCUGGGCAAUCGGAUGCACCUGACUUGGCUAUCACCUUUUGUACGUAGUGAUUUGCCGCAUGAUGGGGUGAACUGGGAACCAAUAGCUGCAUUCUCGCCGAAGGAGGACUAGUUGGCGUU